UGGAGGGAAAUUUAAAAGUGAGAACCUGCUGACAACUGAGAAGCUAGCAGAACUCUUGGCACCCUACAGUAGGCAAGAUGCCUGGUUAGCUAACUAACUGGCUAAGCAUUAGAUUUGUUUUUGUGAUUUCAAAAGUUUCUUGGUUUUCAUCUUCAACCGUACAGCCUUAUGGAGUUUUAUCAAGAUCAGGUUCUCGACUCUCCAUCCAAAAACAGUUACAUCGGGAGUUACUACAAGCCCCCGGACAGGAUUCUUCCUCCCUCACGUGUGCAGGGACCUCCUGCUCCCCAUCCCAACAACAUGAACCGGGACCGCACUACACCUGAUGCUGGCAGUAAAGCUGUCAUCACUGCUCUCAAGACCCUUCAGGAAAAGAUCCAGCGCCUGGAACUGGAGAGGAAGCAGGCUGAGAGGAACGUCAUGCAGUUCUCCCAGGCUGCCCACAGCUAUGAGAGCUCCAGCACCGUGCAGAAGCAGCCUCCUCACAGCUCUGCAGGGGCUGACGUCUCCAGGAAGAAAGAACUGGUGGGCCAGCUGCAGUCAGCUGAGGCCCGCUGUAAGCUCCUGGAGAAGCAGCUGGACUUUAUGAGAAAGAUGGUGGAGAACGCCGAGAAGGACAAAAGCGCUCUGACUGAGAAACAGGCCUCCCUCCAGAGGCAGUGGAAGCAGAGCAGCCCGGAGGACCACCUCCAGCUGGAGAAGCUGGAGAUGCUGGAAAGGGAGUGUCUGAAACUGAACAAGACUCAGUCCGUGGCUGCAAGGAAGAUUGAGCUGAUGGAACAGAAACUGCUGGCAGAGGAACAUGAACGCAAACUAGUAAAGGAGAAAGCAGAUGAGCUGCAGAGGGAGCUGGAGAGCAACCUCCGUCUGUGUCCCUCGGUCUUUGAGGAGGUCAAACCAAAGAAGAAGAAGAAGAAAUCUAAGACAACCUCCAGCAAAAGCAGCUCCACGAGACAGGAUGCCAUAGCGCCACCAGGUGUCCCAAAGGCCAAACUGCUGCCCUUCGUAGCUGGGACGUCGACCAGCCCCAGCCACUCGGUGCACGCCAACAUGCAGAGUGUUCUCCACAUGAUGAAGCACCACCAGCCCCAGCUGUGCGAGAGGGUGCGCUCCGUGCGCAGGUCCGGCUGUGCGGCCAGGAGGGCGCUCCACAAGCCCCUGGGCUCCUCCCCCUCUCCCCCCAGCCAGGACCCUGGGCCUGGACACGCAGCUCCCUCCCUGGGCUCCCUCUCAGACCUGCUGCUGGCCUUACAGGAUGAACUAGGACAGAUGAGCUUUGAGCACCAGGACCUGGUUCGUCAGAUAGAUGGGGCGCACAGGCUGGAACUGAGGGAGGACCUGGAGAGAGAGCUGGAGCUGCUGGUGAAAAGGAUGGAGGAGAAGGGAGCCCAGAUCAGCAAGCUGCGCAAACACCAGGAUACCGUCCACAAGCUCACACAGAACAAGCCCCAGAAUGCUCCGCGCCGGCCUGCGACCAGUGAGGACGGCAGGACUAAGGGAGGGGUUGGGGGCGGAGCUCCGGCGCCCUCCCCUGUCAAGGCAGCGUCUAGACGGGAGGGGGCGAAUCAGGAGAACCUGCGGCUCCUCAGAGAGACCCAGAGAUUCUGCACCAGUCUGAGGAAGGAUGAUGUCCGCUGGGAGUCGUAGACCCUGCAUUAGCUCUCCACACACCUCGUCCUCCUUCCUCAUCCCCUGCACCUUGAGGUGGGCUCUGAAAUAAAGUGGUAGCCAGGGUGGAAAGAUGGAAUUGUCUACGCAGCUGUCUGUCACUCAGUCAUGUUGGAGCAGAGAUGUGGUCCUGCAUUGACCAUAUAAAGAGGUUGAACCAUAGUUGUGAUUCUUUGUAAAGGAUCAACUCUUUGACCGGUUGGCUGGGAAGGACCCUUUUAGCACUCUGUCAUACUCUGUACUUCGCCAAACUACGAUAUAUAUUUUAUAUUUAUAUAUAUAUUUUUUUUUUAAGCUGAAUAUGACAAAUGAAUGUAUGAUGUUUGAAGUCAAAUCAUUUGCUGUAGAGGAUUCUGUCCAUUUCCUAUGUGUUUAUAUGUCUAUUUUCUGUGUGCUUUUAUAAUGUUGGUAUUUAAUUUUGAUUGAACAUGCACAGAUAUCAUAUAAAAUAAAUGCGAUUUGAGUC